AUGAGUUCCCAAGGAAUAACGCGCAAACGACCUGCUCCGGGCACAGCACCUACGGUCCGCCCCCAGAUGGGCACCGCCCCUAACUAUCCUCCUCCGAAUCCGGACUCACAGUUAUCCAACGACCAGUUCUUGCAGUGGGGCCAAAAUCCUGCUCCAAACUCUGUGAAUACAUCUUUCCACGAGAACGCUGCCUAUAACCCGGGAUAUGUCGACUCCCACGAUAUUGCAGCCUCGAAUGCGAACAACAACCAGGUUGCGCGUCGCCAGCAGCCGAACCAGCUAGUCAGUCGGAAUCGUGGAUAUGAACAAUCGCCCGUCGCCUAUUCGGAACCUAACACAAGUGGUAACCCGGGAGAGUCGGGAGCAUGGGGCGAAUCGCUAGAGCAGUUAUAUUUUCGAGCUUUAGCUGCCAAGAAAGAGUCACAGGCGAAGCGAAAACAAAUUCCACCUUUUGUGCAAAAGUUGAGCAGCUUUCUUGAUGAAUCCAAAAACACCGAAUUGAUUCGAUGGUCUGAUGAUGGAAAUUCUUUCAUUGUACUAGACGAGGAUGAAUUUGCGAGAACCUUAAUCCCUGAGCUGUUCAAACACAACAAUUAUGCAUCUUUUGUUCGCCAGCUGAACAUGUAUGGGUUCCAUAAGAAAGUUGGUCUUUCCGACAAUUCCAUGCGCGCCAGUGAGCGAAAGAACAAAAGUCCCAGUGAAUACGCAAAUCCAUACUUCAAGCGAGGUCAUCCGGACCUGCUGUGGCUGAUUCAGAAACCAAAAAAUACCACAGGCCAUGCUAGCAAGGGAAGUAAGAGCGGACCGCGUGUGAAGACCGAGGAUAUGGAUGAAAAUGAACUGGAAGAUUAUGGCGAGGAGAAUGUACCAACAUCUCGUGAAAGCCGACCCCGACCUCAACAGCUGUCUCUCAUGACGGACACUCCUGUGCCAUCAGACCAGCUGUCGGGUGUCUAUCGAGAACUGCAAGCGAUCCGUCAACAACAACAAAUCAUCUCAAACACCAUCACGCGGCUUCGGAAAGAGCAUGAGCAGCUAUACGCUCAAGCUGCAAACUUUCAAGAGCAGCACACCCGUCAUGAGAAUUCUAUCAACGCCAUUCUCACUUUCCUCGCAACUGUCUAUAACCGCAGUUUGCAGGGCCAGGAAGGGAACCAAAACAUUGCCAACUCUUUUGCUGGUGCCAUUUCUGGGGAUCAAGGCAACAUCGUGGAUAUGGGCGAUGGGUUUCCUUUGGGUUCCUUAGCUGGACUCACUAGUCCAAUUGGUCAAAGAACAAUAAAGAAACAACCGCUACUUCUCAAAGCCCCACCUGCUGCAGAUGGAACCAAUCGUGCCACUACCCUUUCUCCCGGAGCCAGCUCAUAUGACACGCGAUCUCGAAGUCAUAACCGCCAGCCAAGUGCUUCCCAGCCCGGGCAUGUUGAGGAAGUAUUCGACAACAGCCCGCGCCAGAAUACUACCGUUCCGCCAUUGAAUAAUACGGAUGAAAACUACCCCCAGCAAGAUAUUAUGUCCGUUAUCCAGAACACCAAUGCACGGAAUGGUGUCCCUACCAACUUUUCUGAGUUUCCUAAUGUUUUGUCUUCCCUCGAAACAUCUGGUGGUAAUGUUCCUCUUACCGCAAACCAACGCGCUGAUAUGCUUCGACUCAUGGCUCACGAGACAAACACGGCCGAUCCUUCUGGUCAAGGAUCUUCAAACAAUGCUCUUAUGACUCCAACACCACCCCCGAUGCCCCACAAUUACUCCAACCGGCUUGCGAACACUCGUCAAGAGAUUGACAAUUUAGUCAAGAUGCAAGCUGAACAAGAUCGCUCCGUUCAAAACCUUACCAACCUGCUUCAACCAUUAAGCCCGACUGGUGCUAUACCAGGUCUAGAUGCUGAUGGAAAUGGUGCACCUCCUCCACUUGAUCUAGACACUAUAUUCAACAACGACUACUUCACGGACAUUGGAGAUACAGAUCCCGACAGGAAAGCCAUGAACCUCGGUGACAAUGGUCAAAAUCCAGAGUUGGGUGGAAACAUGAAUGAUUCUUUGGAUACUGGUCAAGGAACUGAUGGCGUCACAAAUGAUCUCUUUGACUUCGGUCAUAUUCCAGGCGAUGGUGAUCUCUUUGACGGCACCAACCAUGGCCAAGAUCAUUACAACUACAACUUCGAUGGCGCUGGCGCUGGCGUUGGUUAUGGCGGCGAUUCCGGCUCUGGUAACAUGGACUCGGGCCGAGUUAUCGAGCAGUUGACAGACAGCGAAGCUACAAGUCCCGCGGCGCCAGAAGAAGCUGUUGAUGAUGGGGGUAGCGCAAAGAGGCGCAGGAAAGCGUGA